GGACUGGAUAUCGAAAGUAUGACACCGCUCGCCCUGCGAGGUUUGGUGCGCCGUCCUUGACACAUUGAUUCACGAUUCACGUGAGCACGUUCAGAUCAGCGAUUGUACGGCUUCUCUUCAUCGAUGGCAUAUGCUUGUGCGUUUUAGCAACAUAUUCCGUGUAAUAUUAAGGCUCGACUCGCUUGAAUAAUCGCGGGGAGCAUGAGUGCUCGCAGCAGGUCCGCGUUGACGUUACUCCAAGGCUGCGUGGCGGCUCUGAGCCGCCGGACCACCAGCAGGUCCGCGUCCGCUUGGACUUCCGCGACCCGGACGGCGGCUUCUCUUCGGCGCUCGGGUCGUUUCCAGUGCGUCGCCGUCGAGAGGACCACCCGGCGUCUCAUGUGCAGCAAGGCGCCAUGUGAGGAAGAAUACCCCCCCCUUCCAGCCUACCAGUCUGACACGGCGCCCACCAAGCGGAAGGAGGUGUACAUUGUGCAAGUGAUCGGUCUCCCGUGGUCAUGCACAGCCCUGGACCUCGUGCACUUCUUCUCAGACUGUCGGAUUCGCGACGGCCCGUCGGGCGUGCACCUGACGGCGGACCACCAAGGGAGGCCGUCGGGACGCGCCUUUGUGGAGAUGGAGCAUGAGGAGGAUGUGAGCAAAGCGCUGGAGAAGCACCGGCAGUACCUCGGUCCUCGCUACGUGGAAGUGUACGAGGUGACAAACGGCCACGCCGAGGGCCUCCUGAAGAAAGUGGCCUCGCUCGCCCCCGACUCGCAGGCGGUGCGUCUCCGAGGUCUCCCCUUCGCCUGCACCGAGGACGACAUCCGCCGCUUCUUUUGCGGGUUGGAACUGGCAGACAACGGCGUCACCAUGGUGAUCAAUAGCAGAGGGAGAAGGACGGGGGAGGCUUCGGUGCGCUUUUCCUCGCGGGAGGCGGCCGACGCGGCUCUCCUCAGAGACGGGGAGCUCAUCGGGAACAGAUACAUCGAAGUGUUUCCCAGCAGCGGCCGAGAGGUUCAUUCCAAAUGGAGGAAGCCCGCGCGGGGCGCUCAUGAAACACCGAGCGGGAAGAGAGGCGGCCUCGCACCCGACAAACCCGACGCGGCGUCGGUCCCUCCCGCGCCGCCCAAGCGCUCGCACCAGGUCCACUUGAGAGGCCUCCCCUUCCACGUGUCCGGAGAGGAUGUCGUCAAGUUCUUCGCCCCGCUGGCGGUGUCCGGGAUCCGCCUGGACCUGGGGCCCGACGGCAGGCCGAGCGGCGAGGCCGACGUCUACUUUGCCGGCCACGGGGACGCCGUGGCGGCCAUGUCCAAAGACAGAAUGUACAUCGGCGAUCGAUACAUUGAGCUGUUCCUCAAUUCGGUGCCUGACGACGAAAGGUGAAGCUAAAGCAGUACGCCAUCAAACAAUAAACCACUCCUGGUGUCAACACA